AUGCCACUUGAAAGUACUAUUAUAUGUGUUGAUAAUAGUGAUUUUAUGCGUGAUGGAGAUUUUAUUCCAACGAGAAUGCAAGCACAACAAGAUGCUGUUUCGCUUAUAUUUCAUGCUAAGACAAGAUCAAAUCCAGAAAACAAUGUUGGAUUACUUACACUUUCUGAUGGUCGAGUUGUUACUCAAUUGACCAGUGACGUUGGCAAAGUCUUUUCAAAGUUACAUCUAUUACCAAUAGAAGGAAAACUUGACUUUUGUAAAGGCAUUAAAGUAGCAAAUUUAGCAUUAAAACAUCGACAAGGUAAAAAUCAUCGACCUCGUAUUGUUGUGUUUGUUGGUAGUCCACUUGAAGUUGAUCCUAAUGAAUUUACUAAACUGGCAAAACGAUUGAAAAAAGAAAAAGUAUCAAUAGAUAUUGUUGUCUUUGGUGAAGAGUCUUCUCGUGAGAAAUUCGAAGAAUUUAUUACUGUUAUAAAUGGAAAAGAGAAUACCAACUGUCACUUGAUUUGUGUUCCAUCCGGAGCUAAUUUACCUGAUACGAUUAUUAAUACACCAAUUAUUCAAAGUGAAGAUGGUUCAGGUUUACCAAAUGGAUAUGCAGCAAGUGCUUUCGCUUUUGGAGUAAAUCCUGAAGAUGAUCCAGAAUUGGCUAUGGCUCUCCGUAUUUCCAUGGAAGAACAACGUCGUGUACAAGAAGCUGAAAUUGGUCGUGGUACAGUUGGCGAAGAAGCUCAACUAAAUCCAUCAACAAAUAUAGCAAGUUCAGAUGCUACUGUAAAUACUGCAACAGGUAAUAAUGACAUGGAUGUGACUCAACUUACAGAAGAUGAACAAAUUGCUUUGGCUAUUGAAAUGUCUAUGAAGCAAGCUGCAAGUGGUCAUACGAAUGAUGUCGAAAUGAAAGAAGAAACAGCUGACUCUGCUGGUACUCUAUCAAAUAUUCAACAAACAUCGAAAACAAAUGAAAACACGCAGCAAAAUACUGAUUCAUUUGCAGUUUCUCUCAAUGAUCCGCAAUUUUUACGUGAUGUUCUUCGAGAUUUGCCUGGAGUUGAUGUUGACAGUGAAGCUGUACGCGCAGCUCUUGAACAAGUACAUCAGCAGCAACCAAACAAGGAUGCAGAAGAUAAAGAUGACAAUGACAAAUCAAAUGUGACAAAAAAGAAAAAAGAUGAAAAAUAG